AUGUAUACGUCAUACCGCCAGCGACUGUCAAUUGAUGUCUCGUCGGGAAUAAAUCGUUACUCAACGAGGCUUAAUCUCCGAGGUUGCAGGCGAGAAUUGUGGGCAAGCGCACAUUUAGAAAGAAGACAAUCCAGGUUGAUCCCGACAUGGAAGUAUCAAGAAAAAAAGCACGUAUCAGCACGAUUUUGUGUUCCAGUUCAUUUAGUUCUGCGUUCGAUAAAACCACUCCAUCUGCCCCCUGCUCGUGCACAGUGCUUCGCUAGCGCCUCCGAGGUCCGUGUUCGUGUUAUGAUCCUCAAUCUGUGAUACGUAUCGUUUCAAGCUGAUGCAACACUUGACACUGACCCUGAGAUCGCCCCAUAAGUCAUCAGCGGCUGUGUGUUGUCGAAGGUUAUCUGCUGUACAACUUUUAUUAUUGUGUUUCCGCUCUAUAGGCACGCGACAGUAGCUCCACAAAAGUUUUCUUAUGCUCGCCCCAUCUUUAUUUCAAUCUCUGUUAUAUCGUAUCGCUUGUACAGUUGUUAUUCUGUAUGGCAAAUGAAUUCCUCUUUUCUCUUCCUAAUCUGACAUCGUGGCGAGUGCCAAACUUGAACCGUCGUUCAUGAAACACUUAGUAAACAUCGUUGUAUAUGUAUAAACUGUCAGUUGCCGUAUAUUAAUGAGCUGUGCGCUUGUUUCUUUUUGAUAAAAUAAUGCAGAAUAAGUUCAAGAGAUGACACUAAUGGAUAAAGUAUUUAUUC